AAAUACAACCGCCAGAUAAUACGUCAUCUUCAUUAUUGCAUUUACUGCAGAAAAAAGAUCGGCGUUUGUUAAUGUAAGGUUUGUAAAAAGCCGUACGUUUAGUGCGCAAGUGAAAGAAUUUACAGGAGGGUUGGGCGGUCUCCAGUGCCAUUUUUAUCUUACGGUGAAUCAGUGAAACCGGCUUUUCCAGAUCUGUGUCUGGUUUGCCCUGCGCUUCAAGGCGCUGGGGCCGCUCGCCUUUGCGUCAGUAAACCUGCUACUACGGGAGGCGUUGCUGCUCACAAUCGCACAUACUGUAAAAAUUCAGUAAUAGUGCGCAGCCCUGCUACAAAACCGACUGGCUUUUAUUCACCUGGACGCCAUAUGCCUUCAAGAUUUCUAUUUUGCUGUGAAAACCAAUCCUGGUACCUUCGCCUACGGGAUUCCUGACGGGAGAUAUCGUUCAUAUUUACUGAUUUUUGGUCAGAAGCAAAAAUUGGAAAUCAUACUCUAGGAUGCGCCUGGUGCUGUGAGCGGCAUUGUGAAAAUGAGUGUGACCUCCUGGUUUCUGGUGAGCAGCUCAGGCACCCGCCACCGGCUGCCCCGCGAGCUGAUUUUCGUGGGCCGUGAGGACUGCGAACUCAUGCUGCAGUCUCGCAGUGUAGAUAAGCAGCAUGCUGUCAUCAACUACGACAUGAGCUCUGAUAAGCACCUGGUGAAAGACCUAGGCAGCCUCAAUGGGACUUUUGUGAAUGACCAACGGAUUCCAGACCAGACAUACAUCGCUCUCAAGCUCUCUGAUGUCAUUCGCUUCGGAUAUGAUUCUCAAGUCUACAUCCUCGAGAGGAGUCAACACAAGGUUCCAGAAGAGGCACUUAAGCACGAGAAAUACACCAGCCAGCUGCAGAUGACCUUAAAAGCAUCAGAGGAGAAACGGCUUGGAGAGGCAGAUGGUGAUGUGGCAGAAGCCCAGCGGAGCACAGAGCAGAAAGCCAUAUCGGAGGCCCCCAUGUCGCGGCCCACGCCCCUGUAUGGCCAGCCUUCUUGGUGGGGGGAGGAUGACACGGGAAGCAAGGGACAUCUCAACAGUGAACAUCAGCAACAUGAAGGCAGCCCAAAAGAGGGUUCAGCAAUCAUGCCGGAGGUGAAUUGUUCAGACUACCGAGAAUCCCAAGACGAUUCUAUCUACUCAUACCGGCGGGAGCCCAGCUACUUUGAAAUCCCCACUAAGGAGUUCCAGACACAGCCGAAGACCCAUGAAGCUGAGCUGCAUGAGAUCCCGACUAAGGACACCGAUACCCCACCACUGGCCUCCACAAUCACCCCCACACCCCCGGUGGUACAGAGCCAUGCUUCCUUCACCAUUGAGUUUGAUGACUGCAUGCCAGGAAAGAUGAAGAUCAAGGACCACGUCACUAAAUUCUCCACUAGGCAGCUCAAGCUGCCGCGUAAGCAGCUGGCUGCCACACCCACAGAGGUGAUGUCAGCAGAAAGCAAGGUGGCUGACUGGCUGGUGAAUAGCAAUGUCAGCAUGAUGAGGCAGAAGAAUCCCUCAGAGGAUGUCUAUAGUACCAAGAGUGACUUAGCAAUGCACAUUAAAACUCUCAAAGGGCACCAGCACGAGGAUGGGACCCAGAGUGACUCUGAGGACCCAGUCCUGAAGCAAAAGUGCAGCACGACAUCAAACCUGGUGCAACCACAACCCUCUGUUCAGUCACAGCAAUCUGUCCUUCGACACCAACUGCUGCCAACAAAGUUCACGCUGCCUACGCCUGCAAUCUCCAAAGAGACCCCAUCUCCUUCUGAGACUCCAUCUUCUCCACAAGAAAAAGCCAAGACGUCCCCACAGGACGUUAACCAGCAAGCCUUCAUUAUUGAGUUCUUUGACGACAACCCGCGUAAGAAGCGCUCACAGUCCUUCACACAUAACUCCACCCAUGGCGACUCCUACUCUGCCCUCAAGGCCAAGCUGGAGAGACGGAAAGCUGGAGGCCAGGGUGGGGAAAGAGUGUCUGCUUCAUCAGGGCAGAUCCCAGCCACGCAGCAGGUGACGAUCCCGCUGAAGGGGCCUGGUCCUGGGCCUCCGCAGAGGGCCGGCUCGUUAAAGCGGGAGAAGGGCGAGGAGAGGCUCAGUAGCGCCCCCUCUGGGUCAGGCUUUUCCUCACACUCCACCUCUGCGGUUUCCACCAGACCUUUAGCAAGUGUUGCCAAGACAUCCAAGCUGGACCAAGACUUUACAGGUGACUUUGUGAAGGAAUGUAACAAAAGUACCUCACCCACCAAGGAGAACACACCUCCUCUACCUACGUCUGCUCCACCAGUCAUGGAGACCUCCACCUAUCUACAAACUUCCCCAUCUCCCCAUACUAGCCCAAACCUUCCACCCUCCAUAAAUCACGCUCCCACCCCUGAUCACACCCAACCACUCAGUCAUACACCCACAAAGUAUGCAUCUCCAGUGCUGGCCUCGGUGCCCCCACCUCCGCUGUCAGUAAGUGCCCACAGCAUGGACCCCAAGGCCUCAAAGGCAGUGAGAACAGAGGAAGAAGACAGCUUGAGUGAUGCAGGUACCUACACCAUCGAGAUGGAGGCCCCGGAUAAGGAGGUAGAAGAGGCGCGCAGUAUGAUCGACAAGGUGUUUGGGGUCCCCGAUUGUCCCGAGUAUGCUGGAGUGACUGCUCGAGUACUGAGACCCAUCAUAAACAAGGAGCAAGACCAACAGGCUGUCCAGCAUCAAAACCAGGGUGGUGCUGGUGACUUCAAGGCAGCCCCGGUCCAAGAUGUAAACUCCGCAACCCCUAGUGACAGUCUCAUCAGCCAGUCACAGGUGCAUGCAGCCUCAUCUGCAGGCACAGGUGCCUCCAAGUGGGUUUCCCGCUGGGCCAGCCUGGCAGAUGGCUAUAGUGAGUCAGGACCUACAGCAGCACUUUCUCAGGAGGAUCUUUCCAACGCAGAUGGCCAUGCCAAACCAAUGCUGAGUCAAUGCAUAGAUAACACAGAUGUAGAGAACAGCCAAGGAUCCAGAACAAGACGGCUCCUCCCCCAGGUACCACAAGUGGAAAAGUUGGAGAGUGCAGCUCCUACUAUUGUCAUUCAGCAUGACCCCGUCACAGAAUGUAACACAUCAGAAAAUGGCUCCACUAAGCCCCAUCAACAAGAAUCAAGGAAGUUGCACCUCCAAGAUGACUUGGACCCAGACAGCCUUAGUGAUGCCAGCAAGUCAGAUGAGUGCUCUGUUGUUGAUCGAAACAAGGGCAGUCGAGCUAGAAGGAAUCAGGAGAAAACUGAGAAUGAAGCCAAAGAGCCAGAAAAGACUGCAUCUUCAGUCAAAUCUACAUCGUUCUACAUUGGGUCAGAGGAGACCUACUCCAAAACAGACUUGGCACCUGCUCUGUUUCCUACUAGGAGAGAACAGGAUGGACCUCCCAGAAUUUCCCCAGCAGCUGUUCUUGCAAGGCAUUCAAGUAACCGUGAGCCCCGUAGAGCUGUCAGGCCAAAUGCUUCUGCUCCCAGCCUCCAUUCACAGGGCACUGAUGGCCAGCUCAAAAAGGAGCCCAACGUCUCCUUUGUCAGACAGGAGAGCUUCACUAAGGAUCGACCAAGCGAUGACAUCCCCAUCAGCAGGCUUCCACACAUCUCCAGCCAGCCUGCUCUGUGUAUCAUUGAACAUGGUGAGCUAUACCAGAGCCCUUCUCUUAAUGAGGUGGAGCAGAAGCAUGCGGGAUCUUCCAGCCACGCAGGGGACUCACUGUCUGGGGAUUCUGAUUUGGACACAGGCAGCACUGUCAGUCUGAUCAGUAACAAAAAUGCUCCCUCUGCACCAGCCAAGAUGUUGACCAGUAGUAUCCUGCAGAAGGGGAAAUCAUCAUCCAGUCCGUCUGCCCAAAGUCUAGUGGCCCGCCAGCCAACCGCCCGUGAACGUUUAUCUGAGAAGCGCCGUGCCCAUGUCACCGACCACACCAGCAAGGGCGAGCCGAAUAAACGUCUUCAGAUCCGGCGAAGCACUGGGAACCGUGGCUCACUGGACUUCACGGAUGAGCAGCAAAGCUCAAGCCUGCAGUACUGGCCCGAAACUGCCUCCUCUGACUAUGAAUCUGGUUCCCGGCUUGGUACCCGCAAACGUCUUCCAGCUGUGCUCCAGAAAGAUUCCUUGAAAGGAGCGGUGUACCAAGCACUGACUCGCUCCAACAGCCUCUCCUCCCCACGACCCACCCGUGCAUCUAUGCUGCGUCGGGCCCGUCUGGGCGAGGCUUCUGAUACUGAGGGCACAGAGACAGACCGAGCCUCUCAAGGUUCCGAUAUCAACCCACCAACCAAAGCCCUGGCUGACAGUAAGAAAUUGUCGCGCCUGGAUGUCUUAGCUUUGCCUAGGAAGAGGACAGGUUCGUUCACCAUGCCUAGUGAUACUGAGUCCACCAGCCGGGCUGAUGCCCUUAAUCGUAGCUCAGAGCUCAGUACCUCCAUUCGUAAGGCAGGAACAACUGAGAUGAAGCCUGGGGCCGGAAAGGCACCCAGGACGGCUCCCUCAAAGCAGCCCAUCACCCGCGCUCGAUCCAGCAGUGCCAAGUAUUCUAGCACUACCGGUUCUCGGCGACGGCAGAAAGGCUCUGAUUAUUCCUCUACAUCGGAGGAGGAAUAUGAUGCCCCUACAGGCACUGCUAAACACAAGCGCUCCCAUGCUUCAGCAGCUACACAGACUCCGAGUAUCACCAAGGCUGCCCCAGUCCAAUCCAAAGCCAAAAAUGAAGGUUCAGCAGUGGACAAUGAGACCAGCUCCUUCCAGCAUUGGUCCACACACAGUGCUGAAAUUGCCAGGCUCAGUCAGGACCUUGCCAAAGACUUGGCUAUGUUGGCUCAAGAGAUCCAUGAUGUGGCAGGUGAAGCUGACUCGGGAAUGGGCACUGCAACCUCACCUGGCUCUAUGCCCAACACUCCAGCCUCCACCAUUUCUGCCCGGGAGGAGAGAAUAUUUCCAUCCUUGCAGGCCACCCGCUUUUCCCAGUUAAUUCAGCACAUUCCAGAAGCCAGCUUGAACUACCAAAAAGUUCCACCAGGUGCAGUGGGAGUCCGGGACCCAGACCCAAAUAUGAAUGAAGAAGAUUCCAAACGGCGACUGUGGAAUCGUGAAGAGGUCAUUUUAGACAAUCUGAUGCUGAAUCCUGUGUCUCAGUUGUCCCUGGCAAUUAGGGAGAACACCGAACAGCUGGCAGAGAAAAUGAAGUCAUUGUUCCACAACAGGACAGAAGUGUGGGAAGAAAUCGAGGCAAAGAUCAGUGCUGAGAAUGAAGUGCCUAUACUGAAGACAUCAAAUAAGGAAAUCAGUUCAAUUUUGAAGGAAUUAAGAAGAGUUCAUAAACAACUAGAAGUUAUAAACACUAUUAUCGAGCCUGGACGAAGUACUGACCCACUCAGCAAGGUCCCCUCGGGUGGGGCAAAGCCCACAUUGGCUUCCCAGCCCCCGACAAGAGGGGCCCGAAGCUCAGCUGCUAACGCUACAGGCAAGAAGCCCAGUGAGGUACGCAAGAAGAGCCUGGCGGGUGCUGGCAGCCAGAGCUGAGUACUGUGGACUGGCAAGGUCACGGUCAAGACUGUCUGGUCAUGUGGAAGCAGUCUGAACCAUUGAGUCAUUUUUGUAAAUAUGGAAUGACACAAAACCGAAAGGAAAGCAGAGAAGAUCUCCAAUGUGUGUUUGAAAUGAAUGUAGGGAACAAGAUAUAACUCAUGUUAAUGCAGAUUAUUUUUUGAAAAUACAGCAUUGCUGGCCUGAGAAGAAUGCUAAUACUAAGUGUUCAGCAGGCAGGUUGUGCCGGGGUUGAAUGAGGGAACCUCAUUGUUUUGUCAUUUUGUUUAUCUUAUGUUUUACAAUUUGUUUGUAGCAUUGAACAGCUGAUGCCUUUAAUGGGGUCAACAAAUGAAUGCUAUAGCUGACAUCAUAAUACAAGAAUAUUAUAUGUGGACAGUAUUUACUACAGAAAUUUCACCUGGUCGUGUGACAGAGGCCUUUUAAAUGACUCGGUAUGCAUUUUGUUUCUCCUCUAUUUAUCAUGCAUUUGUUUAAUUGUUUCAGAAUGACUUGAAUGUCGGUAAGUGCAGAUAGGUACAUUCAUGCUUUAAGGAUCAUGUGGUGCCCAAACAUCCAAAACCUGCAGGAAAUUGGAACAGCUUUUGUGAUGUGCUCCAUGUGCACUGUGAAGAUGUGCUGUGCUUGUGAAGUGCUCCAUCAUGAGCUUAGCUGGCAAUUAUGAAAGUUUUGUCCACAAGGCUGCAUAGCAUUUUUCUUUUGCUCUAGUGUUUUUUCAGUGUUUUAAUUUUUAAAAAGAUGCUGCCUUGUCAUGUAUACAUUUUUUUCUUCCUUAAACUGUGCAAUGCUAAUUAUUGAAUACAUGUUGUUGCUUUCUACUGCACACCUAAAAUCAUGCUCUGGAAUUAAUGCAAGCAGUGUUGGCGUAUUUGUAUUUAUAAAUAAAGCUGAAGGUGACCUGGAACCUGGAGUAGAAUUGGCUAUGAAAUGACUUAAGAAGAGUGAAGUGUUCUUUUAUUUAUUUAUUAUAUCUCUCCUGCACAAGAAAUGACGUCUCUCGGAUAUAAUGUAUCUUUCUACUUACCUGUAUACCCAUAACCUGGAUGACCUUUUAAACAAGGCGAAGUACCUGUGGUUACUUCCAUUGUUGCUGAAACAGAAAGGAUUUUGCAUUCAUUGUGAAUUACAAAAAUCCUGCUAAUGAUUGGGAGUCAGAGUAUAAGAAUUCUGGACUGAGUCAAUCAGUUAAUAGACUUGUGUGUGUUUUCUGGGAAAUGGAGCUCUCCCCAGGGUACGGUCUUCCAAACAUCCAUAUUAGUCUUCAAACAACUGCUAACUUACUGUGAACGGGUUUAUAUGAAGGCUGUGAGCCCUUCCACUGUUUAGUGUAGGUGUUUCGUGUGGCGCCUUGGUCAGUUUGGGUGUUAGGGUAAGAUGUUCCAAAGCUAUGAAUCCCUUUUAUGUCUUUGCUGUCCAGAUGCCCAUCUCUGUAGGCUGUGUAGACUCUGGAUAUUGUAAUGCUUACAUUUAUGCUUUAAAAAAUAGUGACUGUCCUGCAGUAGAACCUCAGCUUAGCUCCUCUGCUCAGCCUGCUGUCCACCAUAUUAAAUAAACAGAUUUGUUUACAUUCACCAGCAGACACCUUUGGAAUAAAUGUGUAGAAGUGCAGAAUUGCAGAAGUGAAUUCAUUGCAGAAAUGAAUGAUUAUCGUUUCACCUUUAAAAUGCUUGGUGUUAAGUAUUUAAUUAAUUUGUAAGAUGUCUCUUUGGGUUAGAUGUAUUGUGGUGGUGGUAGGAACCACAGGACAAAGCAUGUACAGUAGCAUCAACCAAAGAAGACCGAGUGUUAUGUUUUUGUCAAAGGCAAGCAGGCUCCGUAUUUGUGAUUCAUGCGUAUAAAUUGUGCAAAGUAUGACAAAUUGCCCAGAACAGCCCCAAGUCCGAUGUAUUGUAGGGGAAACACUCCUAGAUAAUGUAUUCCAAAUACCAUGCAUUAUAGUCAGUGUUCUGUAAAUCUGACAUUUAUAUUAAACAAAACAUUUUCCUAAUCUCAUUGUAUGUUUUCUGUUAGCUUGAUAUUUUGAGUUUCGAGGCAGUUGAUUUACAUUAUCCUUUCUUUGUGUAAGAUGGCUGCACCACUGUACCAUUUAAGGUGUUGUGAUUGAGCAAAUGGAGGUAAAUAAAUAAUCUGUACAAAGGAAUAGGAAUGCACUUAAAAAAUUAAAGAAAAUGAAAGUAAAAGAUUAUUUUGUGAAGAUGCUGUUUUUCUGUUACCCAUGCACAUAAGUGUUCAUUUUAAAAGGUGUACUUUUCGUAAGAAAUGAUGUUAGGAAAACAUGCUGUAUAAAGCUUAAAGCUAAACGUUAACAUUCUGCUCAUUUUAGAAGCAUAAAGUAAAAUAAUCCCCACCUGUGAUGGGUGAUCUUUGACAGUUAUCUUUGUAAGACCUUGAGGGUUAUUUUGAGGUCUUGUGCUGGCUGGUGAAUGUAUCGAUUUUUAUCGCCGGUAUGGACCAACACCUUUGUAUUUCAGACACUUCAUUGAGGGUGAUGCUGUAGAGGCUGCUGCUAAGUUACAAUGUCUUGAGCUUUCAUUUAUUUCUGCUUUCUGUUUUGUUUAAUUCUCCUCACCUGCAUGCAAAUCAAAGAUAAGCUACACAUCUCGUCUCUACAUUAUGUCUGUAAAUCAGGCCUAGGUGUCUUUGCCUGGUUUUGCAGUUUCCUAUUGUUAAACUCUAUUAUCCAGUUUUCAGACUGAUUGCGUACUUUGGGCAUUGAAGAAUGUGCUCCCCUUCAGAUUUAGAUCCUUAUUUUUAACCAUUGUUAAAAGCUUUAUUUUUCUUUAUGAACUUCUUGUGAAUGAUUAUUCUUUUCUGCCUUAAAUAAGAUAUUUCAUUUUUAUCAUGUUUUUAACAUAGUAAUAAAUAUAAUUUAAUCACUAAAAUAA